UAAAAGCGGACGCGGCUACGGGCCAAAGCGAGCAGCUUUGAGAAGAGUCCAGGCGAGCGGGCGACCGCGCAGCGGGACUAGACGGGAGAAAGGUGCGGCCGCAGGCUUCCGGUACCCAGCUUCCGGCUCCGGGUCCGGGCCUGGGGCAGAGGCGGAGCCACCGCCCGCCGCGACUUUCAGACUCGCACUAUGGCUACGCGCUGGUGGUGCUGGCGGCGGGUCUGCUCCUGGAGGCGGGCGGCCGGGAGCCCGCGGCCGGAACGCCCUGGCUGUGCGGGGCCGCUCGGGACGCGCGCCGCCUCGGACACCCGCGCGCAGAUGCCCUAUUUUAGCCUAGUGAAGACUUUAACACCUGCCUUCCCAAAUGUGCAUAGUAUAUCACAGUUUCAUCAAAGGACACCAGCAGUGUGCUGUUGUAGUCAAAUACAGAGUGGUGAGAAAUAUGCUGAUCCUUUUAAACUGGGCUGGAGAGACUUGAAAGGUCUGUAUGAAGACAUUAGAAAGGAGCUGUGCAUCUCCACCAAAGAAUUGAAGGACAUGUCCGAAUACUACUUCGAUGGCAAAGGAAAAGCCUUUAGACCAAUUAUUGUGGUGCUAAUGGCCCGAGCAUGUAAUAUUCAUUACAAUAACUCCCGAGAUAUGCAAGCCAGCCAACGCUCCAUAGCCUUAAUUGCAGAAAUGAUCCACACUGCUAGUCUGGUUCAUGAUGACGUUAUUGACGAUGCAAGUUCUCGAAGAGGAAAACAUACAGUUAAUAAAAUCUGGGGUGAAAAAAAGGCUGUUCUUGCUGGAGAUUUAAUUCUUUCUACAGCAUCCUUAGCUCUGGCACGGAUUGGAAACACAGCUGUUAUAUCUCUUUUCAGCCAAGUUAUUGAAGAUUUGGUGCGUGGUGAAUUUCUUCAGUUAGGGUCAAAAGAAAAUGAGAAUGAAAGGUUUGCCCACUACCUGGAAAAGACCUUCAAGAAGACGGCCAGUCUGAUAGCCAACAGUUGUAAAGCAGUCUCUGUCCUGGGUUGCCCUGACCCAGUGGUGCAUGAGAUUGCCUAUCAGUAUGGGAAAAACGUUGGAAUAGCUUUUCAGCUCAUAGAUGAUGUACUGGACUUCACCUCAUGUUCUCACCAGAUGGGCAAGCCAACAUCUGCAGACCUGAAGCUAGGCUUAGCCACCGGCCCUGUCUUGUUUGCUUGCCAGCAGCAGCCACUGCAGGUGAUGGUGAUUCAUCCUAGGGGAGGCCGAUGUCUGGAUGACUGGACUGGAUCCCAUGGACAGUCUCAGUCAACUGAAGAAUAAAGACUAUGGAGCAGAGAUGAUGGGGCACUCAGAAACUUCUGUCCUCAUUACCACACUCCAUCUUCUCAGAAUUGUGAGGUCAAGUGAAGUGAAAAGUGUGCAGUUCUGAUACGGCAGUACAGACCUGUAAACCCAACAUCCAGAGGCUGAUGCAGGAGGAUCAUAAGUUGGAGGACAGUCUGAGCUACAUAUAUUUAACAUUUAAGCAUUUAACAAAAAAACAAAAAACUCUCAAAUAAAAAGAAAAAAGAAAGACAACAAAAUAUAAGCGUGCUAUGAAUGGUGGGUCCCUUCUCCCAUGAGACUGAGACUUACUAACUCACUACCCAAUAUUUAGGAAGAUUACUAAUAUAUAUGCCAAGUUUAAAAAAUAUUUUAAGAAGACCUUUUGUACAUUAAAGCUUUAGUAAGGAACAUUUUCUGUUAUGCCACAACUCCCUACACAUACACAGUAGUCCUGAGCCAUGUAUAUAAAUGUGUAUAAAUGAAAGUAUAUCUGAUAAUAGAAAAAUCAGUCAUUGGCCAGCAUUUGUUGUGCAAUUACAGACCUUCAUCUCAGUCACAGAUUAGUAUGCAUGAGUAGAGGACAGCUCAAAUAAAGCUCAAGUAAAGUCCAUUCUCAAAGCCAACUAGCUCAGUAAAGAUUCAGCUAGGCCCUGAGCCUUUCCCUGAUUUAGUCUAUAAAGACUAAAUUUGGUUUGUUCUGCUUUUAGAAAUCUCAACAAUUGUAAAUACUUGUCAUGAGCUACAUGAGACAAGUGGAAUGGACUGGCUUCUUUUGAUUGUUUCAUUACAUUAUUUCUAAAGAAUCACAGUUUACUUUCCUCUACACAACGGAUUAAUAGCUGGUUAUGCAUUCAGAUAUAAUGGUACAAAGUGGGAACAGAAACAGAAUGCACAGCUCUUAUGAUUGAUCUGUCUGUAAUUCACAGCAGAUGGGAAAUUGCUGAGGUUUUAUAUUUGCUUGUCUGGUUGGUUGGUUGGUUGGUUAAUUGUUCUUGAAGUAGGAGCAAGAAAAAGGAACAGAAGGUUACCCAAACUAUGGUUUUAUGUGUUCUUACUGGGAAAUCCAGAAUCACAAGUCACCCAGUUAUUCUGACCAGACAGCACUUUCCCCCAGUUUGCCUGUGAGGCAAUGGGAACAAGUUACAAGGCAUCGUGCAACCCCCAGAAGGAAACAUGAUGAGGCUGAGCAGGAACUGACUCUGGACAGGAUUCAUUUCACAUUCUGGCACAUAUACCAAAAGUUAAUCAAAUAUAUAUUUAUACUUAGUCAAGCAUGUAUUUACAAAUUGUCUCAAACCCCUGAAUUUAGGAUCUUUUAUGGAUUAUACUGUUAAAAAGAGGUUCUUAGCAAGAAAUCUGUCAAAAGUUCAUGGGGCUUAAAAUAACUUUGGGUAAAUCAAGUUCAGAAAAUAAUACAGGAUUAUACAGUAUCUUGCUUUAAUAAAACUGUGUUGAUUUUAGUUUAUAAAGGAUUCUUUCUUACAUUGCCCUGCUCUCACAAUUCUGCUUUGUGGUAGAUAACUGUUUGUUAUAUAAAUGAAAAUGAUGCUCAUGUCUGGCCAAAACGGAACAUCUGGUAGAUGGCACAGAAGGCCAUCUUUUCCAAGUCUUCUAAGUCUAGCAUUCAUUUUACUAUACUUGAAUUGCUCCUGCAACUAACAGUGUGGAUAAUAGUACCCACAGACCAGGUAACUGGUAUGUCCUAGCACUGAAGAUACACUGCACACUGUAUCCACUAUUAUUAGUGAUUAACUAACAUACACAUUUACUAGAGUACUUGUAAGGUACUUGUAAACCUUCCCCAUGGGCUGGUGUCUUGUCCACAAAUUUGUCUUUGAACUGGUCCAUCUGUGUAACACUGAAGGUCUUGCUCUGAGAUCCUAGGUCUUCCCCAAACUGGUGGCAGUCUUCUUGCCUCAGCCUCCCAAGUACUAAGAUAAUAGCCAUGUCCACCAAACCUGGCUUGCCUUUUCAUUUUCAAUGCUGCAUGGUAAGUAAUCUUAACAUUAGAAUUUGCUGGGCUAAAAACUGUUUGACUGAUUCUCCUAUUUUUGAUACCUUGGGAAGGAUUUCCUGAUGGCCAUUGUUCAGGCAUUGUUCCUGAUGGCCAAGGUGUUUUCAGGAGGCUAUGGCUCAGUGGUAGAGACUUGCCUAGCGUGUAUAUGGCCCUGGGCUUGAUGCUUUUUUUUUUUUUUUUUUUGGUUUUUUUUUUUGAGACAUGGUUUCUCUGUGUAGCUUUGCACCUUUCCUGGAACUCACUUGGUAGCCCAGGCUGGCCUCGAACUCACAGAAAUUCACCUGGCUCUGCCUCCCAAGUGAUGGGAUUAAAGGCGUGCGCCACCACUGCCCAGCUUGGGCUUGAUUCUUAGUGUGCUUGUAUGCAACACACACACACACACACACACAUACACCCACACACACACAUACACACACACACACACACACAUAAAAUGUUCCAGGAUUUCUGGAGAGGUCCCAGUGAUGAUAGUAUAUUAGUGUAUUCUUGUAUAGGUGUUUAUAUUUUCUUCAAGAGCAAAAACUUGGGCUCCAUUGGUAAAGUACUUGCCUAGCAUGCACAAAUCCCUGGCCUCCAUCACCAGCACUUGGAAGGUGAGGCAGAAAGACCAGGAAUUCAAUACAUAGUGAGUUUAAGGCCAUCCUGGGCCACAUGAGAUUCUGUCAAACAAACAAACAAACAAAAAAUCCAAAAACAUUGUCAAAGACCUUAUUCACAAGUUCAAACCAGAGCCAGUGGCAGAUGUCUAUAAUGGAACUGUACACAGAAUCUACUGGAAAUAAGAAAGACAUGUAUCUUAAACAAACAAGUCUCCAUCCUUUUUUAGAAUGCCUUGUACAUUAACUCAGUAACAUCUACCUGAAUUUGCUGUGCUAUCUCAUACUUCAUGAUUUUCUCAGAAUAUGAAUUUUUGUGAAAGUUUGAUCGCACAUUUUCUGUAGUAUGGUUAUAGUAAUGUCUGACAAUUAUUUUUGCUGUUUGUGAUGCCCCAAAAGGUAAAGAAGUGAUUAGCAAUUUUGUCCUUUUUUCCCCUUGCUUAGACUUGCUGGUUUCCUUCCCUAAAGAUAAUGUUUAAACAUGUAAAUGUGGGGAAGUAAGACAUAGUGGUAUCCUUCAGUUUGGAAAACAAUGUGAGGAAAUUGUCUGGCUUUUUUUCCCUUCUAUGUAUUUGUUUUAAAUCUUCAUAUUAAAUCUUUUGUGACAUACGAAAAUGUUUGUGAAACACUCAGAAACAAAAUAGAAGUAGUUUCUGUUUUUGGUGAGAUUACAUUAGUUUAAAAGUUCUUUUUAAAAUCUUUCCUUUCAUCUGCUUGUUACUUGAUAAGUCACUAGACCUAAAUGUCAGGCUGUAGCCAUCUUUCCAUCUGCCAUCACCAGCCCCUGCACCAGAUGCCCAGGCUUCUGCUAGUACGGUGACUCUUUGGGGCCAAAUCAUCCCAGUGCACUUGGAUCACCCUUAGUUUUGUGGACAGAUUUCAGAGUUAGCAUCCUAUUCACUUACACAAUGUUUUCCUACUUGUAAAACAGCAUGAGCAAGCAAAAGACAAAAUAAUAAAAAUGUCUUCUCACUGAA